UAUCCCUUACCAGAAUGUUAUUGGCUCUAGCUAUAAUCAGUCUUUGCAUGCAGUGAGUGAAAAUGACUUGGUCAUUUAAAAGAUUCAUUCAAAAUCAUAAUGACCGAGACGCCACCAGUGGUCUCUUAUGAAGUUUUGUGCAAUGUUUGGCACAUGUUAAGAUAUAUAUUUGUGCAGUAACGAGUCGUCUUUUCUGCAUUUUAUGUAAUGCUUUAUUUUAUGGCAUUCAUGAUUCUGUUAGUGUUAAACUGACUCGGCUUACUAAUUACAAUAUUAACUUCACAAGUAAGAUCAGUGGGCACUUGGACACUUUAAAGCACAUACACAAUUGUAACGGUGACCUGGUAGUCUUCACUUGAUCUUUGCGGUCUGCGACUCCCCGAUAUUCCUCUGCAAACAUGUCAAGAAUUGGCAGGCUGUCCACCAAAGGCUCGGUGCUGCUACUGUGUGACAUGCAGGAGAAGUUCAGACCCACUAUUUUCCAGUUUACAAACAUUGUGAGCAAUGCCGCAAGAUUGCUACAGGCAUGUCGCAUUUUAAGCAUCCCUCAGAUUUUAACUGAGCAGUACCCUAAAGGUCUGGGCCCCACUGUUCCUGAGCUGGGGGCCGAGGGCUUGAAGCCUCAUACAAAGACCAGUUUCUCCAUGAUGACGGAGAGUGUGGAGAGCUCACUCAAAAGCCUGGGAGACCCUCAGCAGGUCAUAUUAUGUGGCAUCGAGGCUCAAGCGUGCAUUGCAUGCACAACAUAUGAUCUCCUGGAGCGAGGCAUGGGGGUUCAUAUUGUAGCAGAUGCUGUCUCUUCUCGAAGUCAGACAGAUCGUCUUUUUGCACUGUCACGUCUGAAGCAGAGUGGGGCGUUUCUCACCACUACAGAGGGAGUUUUAUUACAGCUAGUGCAGGAUGCCAAGCACCCCAACUUUAAAGAGAUCCAGAAGCUCUUGGCUCACCCCUCCCCUGAUACAGGCCUGCUGGCCUUCUUCAGCUCUCUGUAGGGCCAGUCACACACCACACCCUGCAGACAUAAUUACAUCAGUUACUAGAAAUCAGCACAAACCGCUUUCUGAACCUGUUAGAGUUAUGUGAGCGCUGUGCAUUAGUGUAUUCGAAUAAGAUAACAUCCAAAGAAACAGAUAUUUGACAUUUGAAAAUGUUUCAAAUGGUUCUACAAUUCAGAGUUUUUGGUAACGCUUCUGGUUCUGCAUGUUAACAUUACUUAAUGCAUUAUCUACCUAUGAGCAAUGCAUUUGUUACAGAAUUUAUUAAUCAUUGUUAAUGGUAUUUCAUAAAAACAACUUUCCAUUGCUAGUUAAUGUUAUAUAAUAUUAACCGAUACAACUUCAGAUUUUUAUAAUGUAUUAGAUAAUUUUAACAUUAACAAUGAUUAAUAAAUGCUUUAGAAGUAUUUUUAAUUUGUUAGUUCAUAGUAACUAAUGUUGAAAACUCACUUUAUAAAUGU